AAACUAUAAUAUCCCGGUAAAAAGACCGAGAUAUAAAAAUAAUUAUAUGUUUGUUCAUUAUUUAUUAAAAAUACCUUGCUUUUAUUUUUAAGUAUGAUAAAUGUGCCCUCUAUUUCAUUUUAUUUCUCUAAGAUAAUAUAAUUUUUUAAAAUGGACAUAGAUUUAAAAUUAAAAAAGCAAGUCAGUUCUGACCAACUAAACGCAUUAUUGGAUUUCUUGAAAGAGCAUAAGGAGCUGGCCAAAGGUUUGAUCAGAGGCCGACGUGGAAAACUAAAUACAUUGAAAUUGUGGAAUCUGUGUGCUAAAAAACUUAAUGUACUUAAGGAUGGUGCAACAAAAGAUGGAAAAGGUUGGUCAAAGUAUUGGUGUGACUGGAAAUACAGAGUGCGAAGGCGAGCUCUGGAACAAAAAUCCUCUAAACAAAGCAAAAAUUUCUCUCUGGAAAAUUCUACACCCUUAUCAACACUGGAAGAAGAAAUUUUGAAAUUAAUCGGCCCGGGUGCUUUAGAUACUGUAGUGAUAAAAUUGGAUCCUUUAGCAGAGACGGAUAUCGAUGAAGCUGAUAACAUAAUAGAAAAAAAUUCACAUGCUGAAUAUACAGGAACACAACCGAAGUUAAUAAGUGGCAGAAAAAGACGACAUACAUCUAGAGAUCUUGAUGAUUCAGACAACAUUAGAGAGAUUUCCUGUGAUAGAAAACCUGAGCUACCUGCCAAUAUAGAUGAUUCAGAUCACAAUGAUGCAAAAGAAUUUUUGCGUUUGGAAAAAGAAAAGUUGGAAUAUGCUAAAAAAUCUCAAGAAUCAUUACAAACAAUAUCUUCUGAAAUAACAAGGCUUGCUGAUGUCAUGAGUCAUAUCAGAGAUGUAUUAAUCAAUAAUAGAAUAAAUGUUUAAAAA